ACCACCGGAGCCUGAGCGCUCGUUGCGUAACAUUUUCGGGCCCUCAGUGCGCGCUUAGAGAUUGCAGAACAGGUUUCGCGAAUUCCUUUCGGAACAACAGCAGCAGCAGCAGCAGCAACAGCACUUGUGCAUGAGUUUGGCUCGGUUCUUCUUCCCCUUUUUGCCAUCUUAUCGGACUAUUUCAGGCUACACACGAAAUGGUAAACACAAUGGCCUCGGCAUAGAAAAUGCAAUAUAACACAUACAAACACACACAGGAUUCGAAGGCCAAUGGAAAUGCAUUUCUGCUUCUACUGCCUGUGCUCUCCGUCUCUCUCUUUUCGUACAUACACAACAGGAAUACAACAGAAACGGACGCACCGAGAUUUACUUACUAUUAUUGUUGUUUGUUCACCUUUUUUUUUUUUUGUCCAUCUCACUUCUUCUACCUUCCUUCUAUUUCUUUGCUCCUCGAACCGAUCGGUUCCAAAGACCCCUUGAUAACAGGAACAUUUUUGGGUCCGCGUGAGAAUCACUUGUCGCUGAGAGGCUGAGCGCGUCGGGCGUCUCUUGUGUCUUCUACUCGUGGUGUGUGCGUUUUGUUCUGUGCAAUCUGUCUGCUGUGUGGGAAUCUUCUUCAUCUAUUUCAUAUGUACACAUUAUAUUCAAGUAAAUUUUUGGAGCUGUUGCGCAAAUUUUCGUCUUCUCCUUUAACAACCCAUGAGAGCGACGAGAGUCGUAUGCAGAACGAGAUCAGAGGGGAAGGAACCCAUCCGUGCGUGUUCUUCGGUGGUGUCUGUGUCCGUCCCCGUCUGCCGGCCAAAGUUAUGGGUGAUUAGUGCGUGUGUAGGUGCUGACUGACUCUCCAAGGUGGUUCGGUUCGUUGGGUCCAUUUCAUUCUUAACAUGGACAACGCGCAGCAGUCAUGCAAGAGCUGUCUGUCGCUGAUAGAGACCUUCCUGUGCACGGCUUCUGUGGCUGCGGGCAUCGGCAACCUCUACCGACUCCCGCAGACCGUCAUCUCCAACGGCGGACUUCCGUUCCUCGUCGCCUACGCGAUUCUCCUCGUCUUCGUCGGAUUCCCACUGCUCUUCCUCGAAUUGGGAAUCGGGCAGAUCGUGCAGGAUGGCUUCAUGAAGACAUGGCGCGCCGUUCCAUUCUUCAAAGGCGUUGGAUACGUGAAGCUGUUGGCCGGCUGCCUGAUCCUCGUCUACUAUCCCCUGCACAUGGCGAUGUCUUUGUACUAUUUGAUUUGGUUCGCGAAAGCCUCGCCGCCUUUCUUGGAAUGCGCCACCGUCCGGAUGGAAAAGGAUGGUUACAAAGCCGACGGAAUCAGCGGACAGGAGUGCAUCCAGAAAACGUUUCUUGAAUCACCUUUUGAAGAGCCCACCUGGUUCGGGAUAUACUCAGCAUUGAUAUUACUGAUUUGGUUAAUCGUCAUGGCCUGGUGCAUAAAACGGUCCAAAACGUACGAGAAAGCUUUGAUAGUUUUUCUUCUGUGCACUUUGGCGUGUUUGAUUGCUCUAAUUGUUAAAGCAAUCGAAACCAACCAGUUCCAAGGCAUCGAGGGAUUCGUGACAAACGUCGAUUGGGACAUCUUGGCCAAGUCUGAGGUAUGGUAUUUUGCGGCCAUCCAAGUCUUCUUUUCCACUCAUCUCGGAUUCGGCGUGUUCACCUCUAACGCAGGCGUAAUCUACAAAAAAUCAAAUCCUUUCUGGACUUCUUUGGGUUACAUUUUCUUGAAUUUGGUGUUUGGUGUGCUGGCCGUUUGCUUGUACUACGCCGUUUCACACAACAUUGAUCCGGCGCCGAGCAACACGACCAUCUUCGAAAUCCACUUGCUCACCCACAUCUACGAUGUCGUUUUGCAAGCGGAGGAUGCGGACAUGCAGAUCUGGUCUGUAGUCGCGUAUGUUACCAUCGUGUUUGCUGGUUUUAUAAGCAUGAUAACCAUAAUGUAUACAAUCAUUAAAGCGUUGAGUCUCGAGACGAAGAACAAGCUACGUUGGUGGCAGUUGAGCCUCGUUCUGAGCUUCAUCUGCUUUGUGCUGGGAUGCGCGACCCUUCUUUGCCCCGAUCUGGACGUGCUGCACAUCUUCGAUUACUACAUCGUAGGAAACUUGAUCAUGAUCACUGUUAUAUUGGAAGUACUUUCUUUUAUGAUUUUCUAUGGUCCAAAACGUCUUCAAUCAGAUUUUGAAUUCAUACUUGGUAAUAGCUUGACGACGGUUUGGCUGGGGCUCUGGUAUUUGUGUCCCCUGCUCUUACUGGGUAUUUUCAUUUGGUGUCUGGCGACGAUGCCGUUGACCGGAUACGAUUCCGACGAUCCUCUUUGGGUGUACGCCACUGGUUGGGCCGUUGUGGCCGGGGCACUAGUCUUCAUAGUAAUCGUUGGUUUUUACACGGCCGCCCAGCAAGUGGAAUAUUUUACAUUUGGUGAUAAAUUCGUGGCUUCUUUCAAGCCGUCGAGGAAUUGGGGACCUACGGAUCCGAUGAUGCUGCACAACUGGAUGCAAUGGCAGAGCAAGGCUCAGGAUGGCGAGCGAGAUUUCACAUUGAAGAGGCGCGGUACCAAAGAGUACACGCAUUCGGUGAAGAAUCGUAGCAAGUAUAAUAGUAAAAGCUACACGCCCACCAUCAGCGAUUCCUCCACGAUAUCCGGAACAUUGACUUACAAGAAAGGGGAUCAGCUGAAGAACUACGAAUCCUAUUUGCGCAGCAACAGUUACGAAAAACCGCUGAGGGUGACUUCUUUGAUCGACGUGAUGGAUUCCACGCCGAUCAACACCUUUCAGAGGAACAGCGUGUCGGGAGGAUACAAGACCAACUACAAUCCUCUGGCGAAUGUAAAUAACACGCAGACCGUGCAGGUCAGUUAUUUAGAUGGUCACACGGAUGGAUCGACUUCGGAGGGUUACGGGACUUAUAGGAAAGGGCCUUUCGUCAUUGAAGACGACGGCUUGGAGCACGUCUGUCACAGGAGGAGCAGCUUCAACGAGCAGGCAACGGAACUUUGAAUGGAAAAUUGUAAUUGAAUGAUUGUAAAUACGUUGAGAGACGAAAAAGAAUGAAAGAGAGAAAACGGAUAGUGCCAUUCCAUUUGAAGUCAACCCGAGGCGACAUUUUCCUUACACCAAAUAUUAUCGUUUAGCAUUUCGGCAUUUUAUUUAUUUAGGGACUUUAUACGUUUUAUAAAAUGUACUUAAAUGCGAAAACCGUUUGUUGUAUAUAUAU